UUAAGCAACAUCUCAAUCUCACUUCCUUUGUAGUUCUUCUCAUAGUGAAGGGAACCAUCUUCUCUCCACCCAAACACCCUGUUUGCUCAAGUACUAGUGAUAGAAAGAGAUCAAAAAUCGUCUCCGACGUAUGCAUCAAGAAUGAAAGCUUCAGUUAAGGGACAAGUUAUUGGAAUUCCAAUCAGCUCAGUUGCAUUCCCAUUUGAGAAGUUAGCCAAGAGACUCUUGCCUGAUCCUUCUGGACAAUACAAAAAUCAAUAUGAUCCUCCAACGUUGAAACCACCACCCCCCCCCCCCUCAGUGCUAAAAAGAAUGAACAAGCUUGGAAAAAAAGCUGACAGCUUUGCUCAUGGAGUCAAAGAGCAUGUGAAACUUGGGCCUAAGAUCAGUGAAACUGUGAAGGGAAAGCUGAGCUUGGGGGCUAGGAUUCUUCAAGUAGGUGGAGUGGAAAAAAUCUUCAAGCAAUUGUUUAGUGUUGGAGAGGAAGAGAAAUUGUUGAAGGCUUCCCAGUGCUAUUUAUCAACCACAGCUGGUCCUAUUGCCGGCCUCCUCUUCAUCUCCACUGAAAAGAUUGCAUUUUGCAGUGAAAAAUCCAUCAAAUUUUCGUCUCCCACUGGAAAAUUUAUUAGAAUCCGUUACAAGGUGGCGAUUCCUUUAAGUAAGAUAAAGAGAGUAAACCAAAGUGAGAAUGUGAAGAAACCAUCACAAAAGUACAUGGAAAUAGUUACUGUGGACAAUUUUGAUUUUUGGUUUAUGGGUUUUGUAAAUUACAAUAAAGCUUUCAAGUAUCUUCAACAAGCACUCUCUCAAGUUUAGAAAGAAGCUUACAUAGUGCAAAAAGGAAUGUAUAAAGUAGAGUUUUUUUGUUUUUACUCUGCUUUACAUUAUAUGUAUUUAUGUGAAGCUGGGAAGAGCUGAAUACAGAUGUAUAAAUUUUUUAUUAAAUGGAAGGC